AUGGUACAAAUCAAGAAGUUCAGAGGUGUCAGGCAGCGACACUGGGGUUCUUGGGUCUCUGAAAUUCGCCACCCUUUAUUAAAGAGGAGGGUGUGGCUAGGCACGUUCGAGACGGCGGAGGAAGCGGCCCGUGCAUACGACGAGGCCGCCGUACUCAUGAACGGCCGCAGCGCCAAGACCAACUUCCCCGUCGCCGCAGCCAGCGCCGCCACCCAAUUAUCCUCCGAUGAUGACGUCAUAAUCUCAUCAUCGUCGACGUCAUCAACACAACUCUCAUCCAUACUCAGCGCCAAGCUACGUAAAUGUUGCAAAGCUCCGUCACCGUCUCUCACUUGUCUCCGUCUUGACCCGGAUAAUUCCAAUAUCGGAGUCUGGCAUAAACGGGCCGGUAAUAAAUCCGACUCCGGUUGGCUCAUGACGGUCCAACUUAACAUGGGUCUUGUUCCAGAAACUGGUUCCUCACCCGCGGGUCAUACCCACGGGUCGACCGUACUGGAUCCACCGCCGCAAGUGGAGGGCGGUGGUCUCAAUGAAGAGGAGAAGAAGGUUCUGCAGAUGAUUGAGGAACUCCUCAACAGUUCAGGACCGAGCCUCCCAAACCAUAGGGAUGAACCCUCAUGUCCCUUGAUCGAGUGUCCCGAACUCCGAUCUAAACCACCAUCGGUCUAG